AUGUAUAAAUCGCCUAACCAGGAUUCCCCCCCAGCUAGUCUCCCACCUUUGCUUGCUCCUACUGCAGCGACCAGCCAUGGAUCCCGCCUCGCUCCGCCUCCAGCCGCCGCUUCCUCUGCUGCUUCUCCUUUUAGCAGUGGCGGUGCAGACGAAUCUCACGGCUCUGACCCUCUAUCGGUCGAAGCCGGAGGCCCGAGAGCGACGCGUGGGAGUGGAUCUGCGAGCGCAAGCGGAGACAGGGAAGGCGGGGAGGUGCCAGGUGUUGCAGGGCGCGAAUCGUCGACGGGAACCGGCGUUAUCGCCCUUGAUAGCGCAGGCCGCUGUAGCAACUGCAGUGGUGGCAUCUUGAAAGAGAACGCGCCGAGAGGCACCGGCAAUGCCGAGUCAGAUGUUACUGGGGAUAACGGCAGCAGCAGCAGCAGCUCUGCGAUUUCAAAUGCGCUCAAUCCAAUGGCCAGCGAAUUCGUGCCAAUCUUUCAACCCGCAGGUCCGUCACUUGUUUUUGUGCUCUUUUUCCUGGAUUCUGUCUUCCUGCCUCUUCAUUUCCGUUCAUCCUCGCCCCCUCCCGUUCCGCAUAUCCUCAUUUCAUUCUCAAUAUUCACGACCCCUGUUCUUUCCGCUGCAGCGCUUCCCGAUCAGCGGCAGCAGCAGCCGCAGCAAGGACGGCCCGCGGAACAGCCUGACUCAGCGGGCUGGGAGCACGUCAGGUCGGGCGGAAGGGGCGGUCGGGGGAGGGGUAGGGGGGGGCUGAGCGCCAGCUUUGCGGACGUGGGCGGAGGGGCGCGAGGGGGAGAUAUGGGGCAGAGCGGGCGGGGGAGAGGCGGCAGAGGGUCUUCCAGCGGAAGCCGAGGGGGAGGAGGAGGUGGUGGGAGAGGAGGCGCGGGGAGGUCCCGAAGGAGCGUGAGUGAAACGGUCGUGGAGGGAACGUCAGGCGAGGAAGGCCGAGGAGCUGCUGCCGCUGCUCGUGCUGCUGCUGCUGGCGGAGCUGGCGGAGGAGGCAGCGGAGGAGGGAGCGGCACUGCAGCGGUUGCAGCAGGGGCAGCCGAAGAAGCAGCAGCAGCAGCAGCAGGGCCAGCGGGAGCAGUAGCAAGUGGGGGCCGAGGGCGCAGGGGCGUGCAGACACAGGCGAAUCACCUGCUCAACUUCCAGCCGUACCAGCCCACCACCGCACGAGGCGUCGGCGCAGCGCUGGGCGGUUCCGCGGGGGGGGGAGGCGGAACAGGGUCGGGGCGGUGGUGGCAGCAGCAGCAGCAGCAGCGGAGUCGUGCGCAUCGGACGUUCAACCGGGAUCUGUUUCUGCAGGUGAGCGGGUUAUCUCCCUUGCAAGUCGCAGCACAUUCAUCCAUUUCACCCUCUCCAUCGUCCCUCGUCCUCCUCCUCUCGCCCCUCUUCCCUCUUCCUCCCCUUUCCCCCCCCCCUCCCCUCCUCCCCUCUCCUCCCCUUCCUCUUCCCCCCCUUCCGUCCCUCCCCCCCCGGCAGGCCAACUGUCGUUUCCUGGUGUCGGAUUGCGGCGACUACAACAGCGACCUCGCGGACGCGGAUCGCAUGCCCGACUGGGCUGACGUGGCGGCCGUCGAGAUCACCGAGACCACUGACUGCCCCGCGGGCGCAGGCGCGGACGGGGGGAGUGCGCACAGGGACGCGGGCGGGGGGCAGCGCGCGGAGGUCAAGGAUGGGGAUGGCGGGGAGGACGGGGGAGAAGGGGGAGGGGCGGAGCGGGGAGCAGGAGGGGAUAGCAUUGCGGGCGGCGCCAGUGGCACGUUGUCGUGUCCCAUUUGCCUGGACAGCCCUCCGCUCUGCCCCCAGAUCACGGCGUGUGGCCAUGUGUUCUGCCACCCCUGCAUCCUGCGCCACUUCGCCACGCCCGACGCGCGCCACCCCGACGCGCCUCCCCUGCGCCCUGCCACCGUCGCCAGCGCUGCCGCCGCCGCUGCAGUGGCGCGUGCAGUGGCUGCAGGGGGCAGCCCGCAGAGGGCCCUGCGCGCGCUCUCAGACGCUGCUGCUCCUGCGACCUCUGCAGUGGCUGCGACGGGGGGAUGGCCAGGUUUGGGCGGCAGAGGCACAGGGAGAGGAGGCGCAGGGCCAGCGGGGAGGGGAGGCGGGCGAGGUGGCAGCGGGAAAGGGGCAGCAGCGGCGGCGGUGGCGGCGCCGGUGGUGCUGCCGAGUGCAGGGCUGGCAUCGUCAGUGGUGCAGCGGUUCAAGCGGUGCCCGCUGUGCUUUGCAAGCAUCGGGUCCCACGAGCUGCGCACUGUCACCAUCCGCUCCGUGCCCGCUCCCCGCGUCGGCCACAUGCUGCGAUUCGUUGCUCUCAUGCGCUCCAAGGCCUGCGUGGUGCCCUUUGAGAUGCACCGGCACCACCGGGAGCACUUCUCCCUGGCAUCCCUUCCCUUCUCAUCAACCGGCCGCUGCCACGCCUUCUCCAAGCUCACGCUCACGUCCGACUCGGGCGCUGCUACUGUCACGGACGCGGCGGUGCGAGCGCUGCUGCAGCGCGUGGAGGAGGUGAAUGAGAGCGGCGGGGAGGAGCUGGAGCAGCUGCCGUACGUCAUGGAUGCUGUCAACCAGCUGCUGGACCGGCAACAGGCAUGGGUGGAGCACAGGCAGAUGGCGUUUGUGGCAGCCAGUCCGUCGCACCAGAAGGGCCUGCUCUCGCUGCUCAAGCUCCCCAUCGACCUCCCCCCUCCGCCCCUCUCGCCCUCCGCCUACCCCUCCGCCUCUCUCUCCGCCUCCUCCCCCGCUUCCCACCGUAUCACCUCCCCUCGCGCACGCUCCUCCCCUUCGUUCCCCUCGCCCCCCACCGCCAGCGCCACUGCUGCGGGCAGGCAGAUGGCGGCAUUGCAGUUGGAGCAGGAAGAGCGUGCAGCGGGGGGAAAGGGCGAGGCGCAAACGGGGCGUGAGAAAACUGCUGAGCUAGAGGUUGCUAAGGGUGAGGAAGGGGAUGGGGUGGGAGAUGAAGAGGAGGAAGAGGAGGAGGCGUGUAUUGAGGAGGCGGAGGAGGAGGGGAGUGUGGGCGCUGGGGGUGAGGAUGUGGCGGAGGAGGUGGAGAGGGCGAUGCAUGAGCUGGAGGCGCGAGCAGGGUGGGUGUAUGAGAGCGCCUUCUCAGAUGAUGAGGGGGAGGAUGAACGAGAGGGGAAGGGUGGCGCUGGAAAGGGGGACGCUGCUGUCUUGUCUGCUGAAGCUCCUGCUGCUGCUGUAGCGGAUGCUGCUGGUGAUAGUGAGGGAGCAGCAGAGAGGAGACAGGGCGGGGACAGGAUCGGAGAAGGCAUGGGAGGAAGUAGCGGCGCUGGUGGGGAAGCAGCCUCAACUGAGAAGGGCGGGAGAGCAGAAAAGCAUGAAGGGGUUGGCGGGCAGGGUGAAGGCAGGAGUUGGGCGGGGCGAGGCGGAAAGGGCAAGGCGGGGGAGCGUGUGGGCGAGGGCGAGGAGGUGUGUGGGUGGCACGUGUUCUAUCAGGCACAGGAGGGGCCGUGUGUGGUGCUGCACCCACUCAACUUCAAGUGCUUGCUGCAACACUAUGGCUCUGUUGAACGCCUCCCGCUCAGGCACGCCCCCCGCUCCUCCGCUCCUUCAGUCUUCACUCUGGUCAUUAUACCUCUUUUCUUCCAGAAGGCCUUGUUUCUCUCUUUCUCCCACUCCCACACCUCUGCUCUCUCGUCUCCACAUUUUAUUGCGACUCAUGGCGUUCCUCUCCUCCUCAACACACCUGCGGCUCCAAAACUUCCCUCUCGCCCUGCCCCCUACAGCGUCACGGCACGGGUGGUACAGCUGGAGCCAAUGAGGCAGUCAGAGGCGGUGCGGCGGCGGCUGCGAGUGGUGGACCACCUGCCGCUCACCGCUGCCUUCGUGCUGGCCGAGGUGGACCUCGCCCCCCUGCUGCCCGCGCCCUCCCUCGCGCCCUUCCUGCCUGAGAUCAACCACCGCAGGCUGCAGCGCCAACGCCAGCUCCGGCAGGAGGAGAGGGACCGAGUGAAGGCACAGCACAGGGAGGCAGUGGCAGUGGCUGCAGCAGCAGAGGACGGCAGGUUCUUUGAGCGCCAGCGUGUACCAGCACCCAUGGACUUUGUCCCCCUCGCACAAGCUGUCGCUGCAGGUUCCGCAAGUGCCACUGCUGCUGCGGAAGAUUCCGAGACCGGCGGUGGGGAUGUGGCAGCAGGCAGUGCAGAAGGUGAAGGGGUGUCUGGGAGUGCAAGCCAUGCGCCCCCCAUGGCCUUCUCCAAGGUGACAGAGCUGGGCUAUGCUGCUGGGCUGGGCUCCGUGGCACUCUCUGCUCCUUCCCUCUCUGCUGCAACUGCUCCCCCUCCUCCCUCAGGCCCUUCACCUGUUUCUGCUGCUGCCACGCCCGUCCAAUCGGUGUGGGCCAGUCGUCCGGACUUCUCCAGAGCAGGCGCUGCUGGUGCUGCUGCUGGUAGUGGUGCAUGGGGUUCUGGGCGGGCAGCUGCUGCAGGGGGGGGCAGGGUUGUGGGGAGUGGAGGGCAAGUGGCUCAGAUGCCUGGUGAUGAUGGGAGCGGUUCUUCAGGUGGGGGGAAGGGGAAAGGAAAGAAGGGCAAGAAGAAGGGUACUACAAUUUUGCUUUCUAGUGGAGGCCUGCCGCGCUACUGA